GUCACCUCUGCCCCUCGCCAUUGGCUGCCGCUUCAGCCCCCGCCGGCCAAUCAGCCACGGCUACGGUGACAUCAGCUUAGCAACCAUACCCCGGCACGCGCCGAUAUAGGGAGGGGGGCGUGGCCGGCUCGGGCGGUGAGUGGGUCCCCCCUCCUUCCCUGAAUGCGUCUCCGCCUUCCUCACGGUGACGUCACCGACGAGCCGGGCGGCGAUUGGUCGACCCUGACGGGCUCUUGCUGUUGCUGUGUGGGAAGAGACGGCUUUGGCGCUGCCGGUUUCUGAUGAAGAGCCGGGAGAGGGGAAAGAGGGGUGCCGUCUUUCAGAGAGAGAACCCCCGAAGAUGAAACCUGUAAAGAAAGCUGCAGGUCCAGGAAACAGCAAAGCAUCAAACUCCACCCGCAGCAAGAAACAGAAAAGAAAGGUGGAGGAAGGGAGGCAGGAGGAAGAGGCUACAGAGGAGGAGGCAUCGGAGGAAGCAGUCGAGGAUUCGGGACCCCACCUGGCAUUCGUAGGUGCGAGGAAGAUGCAGGUAAAAGUAGAGCCUGCAGUGACAGAUAUAGCAGGGACCCGGAUAAAAGAGCAGGAGCAGCCGUCACAUAACUCAGAACAGAUGAUGGAGGCGGAAACGCAGGCUGGCACAUCUCAGGUUUGCAUGGAAACAUCUAACAACGACCAAGUGAUAAGUAAAGGGGUGUAUGAGCCUCCCCGCUGGGAAAUGCCUUUGAGCAGGAAAACUGCAACUUUCAAGUCCAAAGCACCCAAGAGAAAGUAUGUGGAGGGUCAAGGAUCACAGGAUGGCCAAGAAGAUUCUUCCAGUAGCAGCGAAGGACCUCCUGCACCUCAGGAGUGCAUUUUGGAACAGUCAGCUACACCUGCCAUUGAAACGGAAGACAUAUGUCCCUCCGUCAGGUCUUCUAGUACUGAUACGGCCAGCGAGCACUCUGCUGAUUUAGAAGAGGAAGCUGAGAAAGUCCAAACGGAGAUGGAGCCACCAGCUAUGUCUUGGCAGGAGAUUGACACACGAGAACAUCUGCAACCACAGAAGAUCCUGGCCAGGAAAGAGGACGCCUUCCACCUUUGCCAAGUAAAGCAAGUACGUCGAAACCAGGAGCUUGGAGUGCUGUUUCCUGGCUCACAGACCAUAACAUUCUUGGACAUCAUGCAGGAACCUGUUCUUAUAGACCAGAUCCCAGCACCAGGUGAAGUAGAAGUUGGCUCAGCCGUGUGCGCGUGUGUCGGACCAGAGAACACAACUUUCCGAGAAGGAACUGUUGUAGAAACAGUUCAGAAUCCACUGUCUUAUAAAGUGUGCUUUCAACAGAGCCCAGGUAGAAGAGACCGAGACUAUGGCUGGGUCCCGCACAAUAGUAUUCGGCUUCUGCGGUUCCCAAGGUGUAAAGAGCCAAUAAUGGUGGUUCCACGAGUAGCGGAGGAGAAGCAACAAGUGACACUUGGAAGAUUCUCGACGACACAUUCUUCUGAGCAGCAGUCAGGUGGGUCAGUGGAGAUAUCGGCGUCAGAACAAAAGCAUCUUGAGGAUGCCGAGGUCUCGAAGAUAAGCUUUAGUAUGCCUGUAAGUGAAGAAAAGUUGUCUUCUGUACAGCACUGUAUCCUCUCCCCACCCAAGUCACCUGCUUACGGGAUUAUGAGCCGCUUACCUGAGCAGCCGUCUCCCUUACUAAGUCCAGACGCAGGAAGCCGGAGCAGUUGUAGUAGCGUAUCUUUGGAUAAAUGCAGCACGCCGGGAUCCCGUUCCCGUACCCCUUUAACAGCAGCACAACAGAAGUACAAGAAAGGAGAUGUAGUUUGCACCCCGAAUGGUAUCCGUAAGAAGUUUAAUGGGAAGCAGUGGAGGCGACUGUGUUCUCGGGAUGGCUGCAUGAAGGAGUCACAACGUAGAGGAUACUGCUCCCGACAUCUGUCAAUGAGGACGAAGGAGAUGGAGAGCCUGUCUGAAGGCCGAGGGGGCCGAGAGGGGAGUGCAGAGUUUGAGUGGGAUGACACUUCCCGGGAUAGUGAAGUCAGCAGCAUACGCACGGACUCGCGCCCACGCCUGGUGGCGGCUGCAGACCUCUCCCGCUUUGACUUUGAUGAGUGUGAAGCUGCAAAUAUGUUAGUGUCUCUGGGAAGUUCCCGCUCUGGAACGCCAUCCUUCUCACCUGUUUCUAACCAGUCUCCAUUUUCCCCGACACCAUCUCCCUCACCUUCUCCACUGUUUGGUUUCAGACCAGCCAAUUUUAGUCCUAUCAAUGCAUCCCCAGUCAUCCAGCGAGCAGCCCGCAGUCGUCAUGUCAGCGCAAGCAACCCUAAAGGACAGGCAGUAUUAACCCCAGAGAUGCUGCACCAUUCCCACCACCGAGAGAGGCAAACUGCUGGCAUCCUUCCCUCAUUCCAGACUAACCUUACCUUCACUGUACCCAUGAGCCCUAGCAAGAGGAAACCAGAUUCCCAUCAUGGCAGUGCCAGCUCAGCUGCCGACUUUCAGAAGACUGAUAGCAUGGACUCAGGGGUGGACUCUGUCUCUCAUACCCCAACCCCAUCCACCCCAUUUCGAUCUGUAUCACCUGCCAUCUUUCCCCGAUCUCAACAGGCUUCUCCAUCUUUGCUCCUGUCUCCCCCUGCUGGCCUGACCUCUGACCCUAACCCUACUGUUCGUAGGGUCCCAGCCGUGCAGAGAGAUUCACCAGUAAUUGUACGCAACCCAGAUGUCCCUCUACCCUCAAAGUUUGUGGAAAAGCCUUCUGAUGGUGGAUCUCGUGGUAUUGGUGGAGCAGUCACAGGGAGUGGCAGUCCCAGGCGUCUGGGUAAAGUAUGCUCCAAGGAGCUUCCUUCUAAGACUCAACUCCAGAUACCAGUGCCCAUCAAUGCCACCCAAAUACAGAAUGUGGCACGAUCAUUGCCAUCAUGUCAGACCAGCUCCGGAGAGUCGAUCACCUGCACAUCAUCUGGUUCUUUAGAUCACCCUCCAGCCGUAUUCAGCGUCUCCUCACCAUUCCAGCCUGUCGCCUUCCAUCCAUCUCCUGCCGCUCUGCUGCCAGUUAUCGUACCCAGUGACUACAGCAGCCACCCUGCACCUAAGAAAGAGAUCAUCAUGGGACGGCCAGGCACAGUCUGGACUAACGUGGAGCCGCGAUCCGUUGCUGUCUUUCCCUGGCAUUCAUUGGUCCCAUUUUUGGCUCCGAGCCAACCAGACUCUUCCGUCCAGCCAACCGAGGGGCAGCAGCCUGUCAGUCACCCUGGGGCCGCCAGCCAGAGCAAAGAGCCCCCCGAAUCUGCGUCGGUGACAAACGAGGCUGUGCCUGUGCCAAGCGGUGAAGAUGAGCGGUGCGGAGUUACCCUGACCGACACUACGCCGCAGCUGCCCAGUGAGGAGCCUGCGAGACAGUCCCAGCACCAGGAGGUCACAGCACAAGUUACAACAGGGGACCGGAGGCCUGAUAGUGAGACGGAGAGCGACCAUGAUGACCCAUUCUUUACCAUUGGACCCUCUGAAAUUCCGCUGCAGUUGCAUUCUGGGAAACGCAGGACUCAGUCUCUCAGUGCUCUCCCCAAGGAGCGAGACUCCUCCUCUGAGAAAGAUGGGCGGAGCCCGAAUAAGAGGGAGAAGGAUCACAUUCGCCGUCCCAUGAACGCCUUUAUGAUAUUCAGUAAACGCCACCGGGCCCUGGUGCACCAGCGUCAUCCCAAUCAGGACAACCGCACAGUCAGCAAGAUCUUGGGCGAGUGGUGGUACGCUCUGGGGACCAAGGAGAAGCAGAAGUAUCAUGACCUGGCCUUCCAGGUAAAAGAAGCACAUUUCAAGGCGCACCCUGAUUGGAAGUGGUGCAACAAAGACCGUAAGAAGUCCAGCUCAGAUGUGAAGCAGGUGAUGCCAGGUCCCUGGGGUGUGCCCAAAGAAAUGAGGGAGCGAAGUAUGUCUGAGACUGGCACCACAGCUGCCACAGGAGUUUCCCCAGAAAUUGCCCCGUCAGGUCUGCUACUGGAAUCCAAGCACGGGGCUCCCUCAUCCGCUAUGGCACCUGGAGAACGAAUGCCCACAUCUUCUACUGCUGCAACCCAGCUAACACGUCCCCGGGCGUUCUCCCAUAGUGCUGUGCAGAGCAUCGAGCACCGCGAGGACAGCCAGGCUCUGCAGGAACUGAAGCAGAUGUGCUCAAGUCGUUCUCCAUAUUCCAAUCAGAAGGCAGCGUUUGGCGGUCCGGAGCCCACGGCAUUCCCCAUGCCAACACACAGUGAGAGUUCUGCCUGCCCGACAUCCCGUGCCUGUCCGACCCUUCCGGGACCCUAUCGCCCUCCGCGCACCGCCAGUGAGGACAUGACCAGCGAUGAGGAGCGGAUGGUCAUCUGUGAGGAGGAAGGCGAUGAUGACGUCAUUGCAGAUGAUGGAUUUGGCUGCGCAGACAUAGACCUGAAAUGUAAGGAACGGGUCACAGACAGUGACAGUGAAGGGGUGUCUGGAGACGAGGCGGAAGCAAAGGGGGCAGCACAAGGGGUCUUCUCACCUGUUAUUCGCUCCUCCUCCCUUUCUGGGAACUUUCCACUUUCCUCCGAGGACUUGAAAUCUGAAAGAACCCUGAAUAUCGCUCAGUCGCCCAAGCCUAAUGAUCACCCUCAAGCCACUUUCCCUCGUGGGUAUCCUCCACUUCCUCCAGCCAAACCCCCUCCUCGGCAGCCGAGCCAAUACCAAGCAAAAAGGCCACCAGAAGUGCGAUUCACCAUGGUGGACCCCGCAGCCAGCUACAAGAGGAAGCGCAGCUUAGAGAGUGGGGGCCAGAAGGUUGUAAUAGAGGCAGCCCCUCCGGUUAGUCAGUACACCACUCAGUCUGUCAUCUCUUCUACUGCUCCCCAAACUUAUGUUCUGCCCAGUAUACCUUCCCCAAACACCUCAAGCACAGUGUAUUCAUUACCCAGACCCUAUGAUGUGCAGCGGGGGACCCCAGAGAGCCGCUCUAUUGUACCCAAUGUAGGGACUGUACUCGUGUCAGGGCCACAAGGAUUCGGAGUCCUUUCCCCGGGCUUGAAACCAGCAUCCACCGUGGUGACUAAUGUGGUGAAACCAGUAAGCAGCACACCUGUGCCCAUAGCAAGUAAGCCAUUACCAGUAAGCAGGAGCAGCAGCAACAGUGAGUUAUGUGACGGGCGAAUACCUGGUUCUCCAGUGGGCAUUGGAGUGGUGUAUGCCCAUGACCGGAAACCAGUGCACCAACUGACGUCUUCAGCAUCUUCACCACUUCCACAGGGAAAACCAGCGGGUGGACUAGUGACUAACCUGCUGGUGGGGGCGCCCAGCUAUGGACAGCCAGCUCCUAGUUCUGGAAAUGGUACUGGACCUGCUUCAGUCACAGCUCUGCAGUUUAUUACCCAGAAUCCCGCUGGUAGCCCUAAUGGAGCUGUGCCACUGGGAAUCCUUCAGCCGCAGCAACUGCUUCCUGCAGCACCGGGCAAGCGGGGUAGUAUCACCCAAGUACAGUAUAUUUUGCCCACAAUACCACAGCAGUUGCCAGGGGGCAUCCAAUUCACUCUUCCACCUGGAAAUGCCAAGGUGAUAGCCACCCCUCAAGCUGUUCCGAUCGUCCAGCCUGGGCCAGCUGCCAGCCCGUCGCUGGGUAUUAUGUCAGCAGCUGGCAAAGCCCAGUCUGUUUCUCCAGCCCCUUCACCAGGGAGUUGUGCCCAGCUGCUGCCCGGUCCAGGAAUCCUGUCCCCCAGUACUCCAGUUCAGGGCAAGAUGCUAGUUCCUGUGACAGCACCUCAUGUUACUGUGCGGACAGGCCCCGCAACACAGUUACCGCUGGUGACCUCUGCUUUCCCUGUGCAGAACGGUGCCCAACCAACCAACAAGAUAAUUCAGAUCACUCCGAUGCCCAUGGUGCAGCCGCCAGCUCCAUCCCAGAGUGCCUUAGUGCCCCCAGUUAAUUCAACACUCCAGAGUGCGAUUCCAGUCACCAUGGCGACUGCAACCGUCAUGGCGGCGACUUCUCAACCGCAGAAAGUCAUCUUACCUUCUACUCGGAUCACUUACGUGCCGUCUGCGGCAGGCCCCACACUACCUCUGGUGACCACCAGCUCACACUCCCAGACUGCUACACCAGGCACGGCCCCUUGUGUACAGACGACACUUGCGGCCGGCUCCAUGGCUCUUGGCUUUACCACAAUAAGUCCAAGUGGUCAGACCAUUGUGCAGCCACUGCUGGCAGGACAAAGCCAAAUUCUUGCCCCCGGGCAGGUAGGUGUUUCUCCGGCCUCCACGCCUCCUGUACCCCCGAGCAGCAGUAGCCAGGUGUUAACAGCGAUAUAUCCCUCAGUCGGGUCCAGCACACUGGCUGUGACAGCUGCUCCUCCUGCACAAAACCUGGUGUACACUGUGGCCAGCACAGGCAUCAUGCCAUCAGCACCUACCACCAUACUGCCUAAAGCGGUCACCUCUCCACCGACAGUCAGCGCAUCAUCCACAGGAGGGAUCUCCUCGCAUGUCACAACAGUCACUGCCUCCUCGGUUACGUUCAGUCUAGUGGCCCCGAAGCCUCAGCGAAACCUCCCGAAGCCUCCCCAGAAAGUAAAGGCCACCAUCGCCAACAUCCCAGUGGGAUCGUACGAGGCCUCCUCGCCCUCUCCCUGCGUGCGCUCCACAACCCGGCCAGCACCUUUACCGCCACCACGUGAAGAGACAUCAGAACCAAAGUACCCAUCAGAGUCUCGGGGGACACCCAUCGUCCGGGAAGCUACAACAGAGCAGUCUUCUGCCCCGCCGAGCCCCUUUCCUUCCGCCCCGCCUCGAGAUCCGGCUCCGGGGAAGCCAAGGUUGCCCGUUCCAGAAGAGCGAUCAUCACGGGACAUGUGGGCAAAAAAUGUUACGGAGGAGAAGUCUGCUGGGUCCCCUCUACAGAGCUGCACCUCCUCCAUGGCUGACGUGAAAAGGGAACCUCCACCGUCACCUACUGUCAAGAAGGAGUCAGUGUAUCAGCCAGAAUGGAAAGCCACUGUGCCAGAGAGCCGCCCAGACUCAGCCCCUGCUCCACCCGCCCCUCCCCCACCCUCUUCCCCGGUGGCAUCCGCUGCCUCCACAAGUGUUACUGGGUCUCCGGGUGAGGCUGGCAGGUCUUCAGGACCCCCAUCUGAAGGUCCGGACAGAAAAGACGCCCCCGUGAAAAAGCCCAAGUUACGUCCCCCGCCCUUGAAGAAGACAUUUGACUCUGUUGACAACAGGGUCCUGUCUGAGGUGGACUUCGAGGAACGUUUUGCGGAGCUUCCUGAGUUCAAGCCAGAAGAGGUGCUGCCCUCCCCCACACUUCAGUCUCUGGCCACGUCCCCCCGAGCGAUCCUGGGGUCAUAUCGCAAGAAACGUAAGAAUUCUACUGAUCUGGACUCCUCCACCGAGGAUCCUAUCUCUCCUAAGAGAAAGAUGCGAAGACGUUCUAGCUGCAGCUCGGAACCCAACACCCCCAAAAGUGCCAAAUGUGAGGGCGACAUCUUCACAUUUGAUCGAACAGUGACUGAUCUCCUGGUUUGUCCCAUGACAGGGAAUGAGGCAGAUGACAUGCUGGCUGAGUUGGAGUACGAUAAAGUCCCCUACUCAUCUCUACGCCGGACCCUUGAUCAGCGACGAGCCCUGGUCAUGCAGCUCUUCCAGGAGCACGGGUUCUUUCCAUCUUCUCAGUCCACCGCUGCCUUCCAGUCUCGCUUUUCAGACAUCUUUCCCACCAAGGUUUGUCUUCAGCUAAAGAUUCGUGAGGUGAGGCAGAAGAUCAUGCAGUCGGCCGCGUCAACAGAACUGCCCCCCUUCCCUGAGCAUUCGUCCCCCAGCACCUCAGAGACUGGACCUUCUGAAAUUAAGCCCCCAUCACAGGAUCAUGCACUUCGGCCCGCUGAGCCCCCUGAUGCCACUUGGGAGGGAGGACAAGAACCUCCCGAACCCUCAAGCAGCAGAUGAGUGCUCAAGGCUAAGGGGGUAGUCCUUGUGUAUAGCCACCCACUGAACUCUAAAGACUGGGGCGGAUCUCCUAGGAGGAUUACCCAGGGUUGAGGUGGUGGGGAGGGGGGGGGGGGGUUACCUGCUCCCCCUUUACCCGUAUCAGACUUUGCUCCCUCAUGCACAGACAAUCCACUCAUUCCUUGGCAGAAUGUGUAACCAUAGAGACGUCCAGACGGCGGGGAGAUCCUCCUGACCGGCUCAUCCGUGGCACUUCUAAAUCUCUUCUCAAUCACCAUUGGCAUACGGACUCGGCCUGUAUCUUUGCGUGGCGUGCUGAGCGGGGAGCAAGUAACCUUGGCACCUAUACAUGGGAUUGGCGUAUAAGAAACAAGAGAGGGAUUUAGGUUAUGGAAGCUGAGACGCGGUGAGGACUUAGUGAUGUAGCAGAGUGCUGUGGCGUUGUCAUUGGAGUGUAUGCCAGGUCAGCACCGGUGUAGCAGCAGCAGCAGCAGCAGCAGCGUCGUGUUCAGGUCAGCACAGUGGUUGGAUUUGUGUUGCAGAAAAGAAAAGAAAAAAAUUGUGGUCAAAUGCGUGACACUGUCCUAAACAUAAGGACACAAGUGUCGUGAUGGGAGGGGUGGGGGAGGGUAGAUGGGUUGGGGGGAAAUCAUAUUUUCUUAUGACACUUUAGUUCAAUGAGAAGCAGCUGCACUAUGGGGAGCUGUAUAAAUAUAUAAAUAUAUUAUAUAUAAUUAUAUAUAUAUAGACCUUUUUAUGCAAGAGGAGUAGUGAUGAUGAUAAGAAUUUCCUUCUGAUCAGAUCGUCCGGAAAGAAUGUCAAUCACUAGACACAACGUAUAUCCACACACACCUAUAUAUACAUAUAUAUACACUAUGUGUAUGUCUGUAUUAUACACGUGUGUGAAUAUAUCUGUGUGUGCUGAGCAGGUGGGUACUGACUGCACCCAGGUCUCCUAUUACACGUUAUAGGGGUUCAUUUUGGCUUUUCCUUUCCAUUUCAUGUUAUGAUUUUUUUUCCCCUCCCCCAGACUUUGCUGUAACUCAGCAUUUCUCAACCAGGGUGCCUCCUGCUGUUGCAAAACUACAACUAAGGCUGUCCGGGCAUGCUGGGAGUUGUAGAUUUGCAAUUGCUUGGAGGCACCCUGGUUGAGAAAUGCUGAGUUAGAGCAACAGCUGGAGGCACCCUGGUUGAGAAAUGCUGAGUUAGAGCAACAGCUGGAGGCACCCUGGUUGAGAAAUGCUGAGUUAGAGCAACAGCUGGAGGCACCCUGGUUGAGAAAUGCUGAGUUAGAGCAACAGCUGGAGGCACCCUGGUUGAGAAAUGCUGAGUUAGAGCAACAGCUGGAGGCACCCUGGAUGAGAAAUGAGCAACAGCUGGAGGCACCCUGGUUGAGAAAUGCUAAGUUAGAGCAACAGCUGGAGGCACCCUGGUUGAGAAAUGCUGAGUUAGAGCAACAGCUGGAGGCACCCUGGUUGAGAAAUGCUGAGAUAGAGCAACAGCUGGAGGCACCCUGGUUGAGAAACAUAGCUGUAACUGGUGCAAGCAAAAAAGGUGUUGUAGCCGCAGACAUGUAUGGUAGGUAGGAAGCUUAUCUGGCUUCUAUGGGCUUUAGCAUUUUUAUUUUUGCGCUGCACCCGUUUUCAACAUUGCGUGUAGUCUGUAUCAAGGGGCAGUAUACAGAGGUGAACCCUGCUGUAUAUAUAUAGUUUUUUUUUUUUUUUUCUUCCCCUCCAGUCAGUAUACAGAUUUUCCUCUGCUGUAUAUAAAAGGGAGUAUAUGCCAUCGGUAUACCAGGAUGCACAUGUAUACUGAAGGGCUGUAUACUCUCCUCGCACACUUCUGCUGUAUUCAUAGAAGGGCCUGUCUGUGCUGUUUUUAUAGCAAGGGUUAACCAGCGACAUGAGUCCGGGUGUGUCUGUAAGGUUUGCUAUAAUAAUAGGCACUGCAGAGGGCAUGGAAGGUCUGUGUCUAUAUAGCAGGGCAGCAGUGUAGGGAUAGUAUAUGUAUAUUUGAUGUACAUCGUCCUAUGUACAAAGGCGAAUGGUCACUAUGGUGACGCAGCGCCGUUAUAGGGAGGCCCGCUGCUAUAUACAUGCAGUGGGGGAAGUUUAUUAAAACUGAUGCACAUUUAAGAGUUGGGAGGGCACGUUGCCCAGAAUACCCAGAUUCUGAUUAUUUUUCACAAAAAUCAAGUCAGAUUUUUAGAAAUUUGCGCCAUUUUACUAUUUUCCUUUUUCAUUUGACUUCAGUUUUCCUAAAUAUCCCUGAAAUGAUGUGUGUUGUCAGGAUCAUGAUGCGUGGGAUUGGCCCCCUCCUGUGUGACAUAUUCUGCAGCGGGGGGGGGGGGAGGUUCGCCUGCUAAUCACAUUGCUUUGAGUUUCGAUGCUGUAUUUCGUGUGGGUGACCCAUCUGCCCCUGAAACAAACAUGCUGCAUUAUAUAGUGCUACUAAGCUUUCCUAUUCCAAGGUGCUGCAGCACACAGACUCUGGCUAGGCCUGGCUGAUUGUUCCUUUCGUGGCUCCUGUAGCGGGGGCCCACAGUCCCGGUCUGCACUUGGUGGCAGUGGGGGGGGGGGGGGGGGGAGGGAUUGGUGAACACGAAUCAGUGCGUCCCAUCAUAACCUGAAUUCUUGGAGGCAGUGCGGAAGGGGUUAAGUAUACCACGGUGCGGGCCUGCAUUGAUGCACAGUACUCCUUCCCGAUGUUCUUAGAAGAGAUGGACUGUUUCACGGCGGCACUAACCAAUCCUGUGUACUCUGCCAGGGAGAAUGAACAAUGUAAGGGAGAGACGGUCCUCGUGUCCACUCCCUGCCACCAGCGUAGCCACAGAUCGGAUGGUGGAGACAUCUUGCGCUCAUAUUUUUUGUUUGUUCAGAGAGAAAGAGGACUGAGACAGAACAGACAUGUUGAUCAUGUGCAAUAUUUCUUACUGUAAUGAAAUAAAAAAAGAAA